UAAUUAAAAAUUAACUCAUCUAAUGCCUAAGGUAAAAUAAAUAAGAUGUAUCCAAAAAAAUAUUGUUUUAAAAGUUUUAGAAAUGUUUUUAGAAAAAAGUUUCAAAAAACCAUAAGAUUAAAAAGAAGCUAAAAAAAGCGAUGUCAAAAGAAGUAGAGAGUACAGUAUUAUCAACUCCACCACCACCAUUUCCACUCACUCAAGGAGAGUUUAUAUUUAUACAUGUUGGCCAAGCAGGAAUUCAAAUUGGAUCAGCAUGCUGGGAAUUAUUUUGUUUAGAACAUGGUAUUAAUCCUGAUGGAACUGUACAAAAAUUAACAACUAGUUCUACUUCUAUAUUUUCUUUAUCUCAAAUGGGAAAAUAUGUACCUAGAGCUUUGUUAGUAGACACUGAACCUUCAGUCAUUGAUGAGAUUAGAACAGGUGCUUACAAAGAUUUAUUUCCAAGCCAAAAUAUUUUUACUGGUAAAGAAAAUGCAGCUAGUAAUUUUGCAAGUGGUCUAUAUGGAAUUGGAAAAAGACUAUCAAAAUCUAUAUUAGAUCAACUUAAAACAUUAGCUGAAGACUGCAACUCAUUGCAAGGAAUUGCAAUCUUCAGAUCUAUAGGUGGUGGUACAGGUUCUGGAUUGGGUACAUUGCUUAUUGAAUCGAUUAAAGACUUAUAUUUAAAUAAAACAGUUCUCGAUUUUAAUGUGUAUCCCUCACCUCAAUUAUCAUCAGUGAUUGUUGAACCAUACAAUGCAAUUCUAACUACACAUCAUGUUUUAGAUUUGGUCAAUUGUUCUAUGAUAUUUGAUAAUAGUGCAUUGUACAAUAUAUGUUUUAAAUUAGGAAUUAUAAAACCUACAUAUACUAAUAUUAACAGGAUAAUAUCUCAGGUUUCAUCAGGUAUAACAUCAUCUCUUCGUUUUGAGGGUUCUUUGACAAGUAAUUUAUCAGAAUUACUGAGUAAUCUUAUUCAGUGGCCUAGACUACAUUUCCCAUUAAUUACUCAUGCUCCUAUUAUGACUAAUAUUAAUAAUUUAUCAGCUAAUUCACAACUUGCUCGUAUGUGUUUCGAUGUUAACAAUCAAAUGAUUAUUGCUGAUCCUCAACAAGGAAAAUAUUUAUCAAUUUGCAUGAUGUUUAGAGGUGAUUUAACACCUACUGAUGUCAAUACAACCAUUGCUUUUAUUCAACGAGAACAUACUAUUCCUGUGACAAAUAUGAAUUCUCCACCAUUUAAAUUUGGUUUGUGCUAUCGGCCUCCUAUUACUGUGCCAAAUAGUGAUAUAGUUCCUACUGCCAAAACAAUAACUACAUUGUGUAAUAACACAGCAGUUAGGUAUAGAUGGGAAAGUCUUUUAAAAAAAUAUGAUACUUUAACGAAAAAAAGAGCCUUUAUGCAUCACUAUGUAGGUGAAGGAAUGGAAGAAGGAAUUUUCACCUCAGCUAAACAGAACAUAAUAAAAUUAAUAGCAGAUUAUGAAGAAGUAGAAAAAUAAUAAAAAAUGAUAAAUAAAUACAAACUAUAAAAGUUUUAUUAUUGAUCUAUUGUUACUUUGUUUUAUGUUAAAAAUUAUUCAACUUAAAUUAAAAAUCUAAUAAUAGAAAAUAAUUUAAGACACGUUAAAACUUAUUUACUUUAUAUAUUAUUUAUAUUUUUAGAAUUAUCAAUAAAAAAAUAUUUUGUAGUUGAAUGGAUAUAACCCAUGUAGCAAAUUUAGACAUAUUCAAGUACUUAUCAAUACUACAUUUAAUUGAGAAGAGCGGGUAAAAUUAGCUUCUCAUACAAUCGUUUUUAGUUCUUGGUAAAUUAUUAUUUUAUUGGCUGCUUAUAGUAAUUAAUUAAUAUUUCAUAAUGGUAACUUCAUAUUGUAGUGUAAAAAUAAAAUGUUUAAACACUAAAUAUCUUGUAUAACUUAAAUCAAAAUCUGCAUUUUUGUAAAGUGAAAUUUAAGCCACUAAUUUGAGUUUCACAAACGUUAGCUUUAUUUCUUAAUUUCUUUUAUUUUUAUGACUAAACUUUUUUAAAACUUAGACAUUUUUUGGCAAUACAUAGGUGUUUAAAAAUUGUUGGACUUAGCUUUCCUUGAUUUCCAAUUUUAAAUUACACUUGUGAUCAUUUAAUUUAAUGAAAAACACUAGAACCGUAUGCAAAUUAUACAAAAAUAGAAUUUUUAUUAGUGGGAUAAAAGAUGUGUAUAUAGUUCAACCAGAUUUUUUUAGCUUUGUAACAUAGGAGGGAACCGAUUUUAUUUAUUAAUCUUUUAUCUUCUACGUAGAAAAUAGUUUAAUUUAAUAUAAUCUAAAAUCCAUUUGUCAAAAUAUUAAUUUUGAAAAAGCUCGUUGAAUACCUAUUGUCAAAUAUUAUCUAUAUUCAUCUGUAUGUCAGUCUUUUGUAAUCUUUUAGUAAUAUAUUGUUUUUAAUAAA